GUUCAUGGUCACGUGUUUAUGGUUCGGGGUUAAUCAAUGAUACAUGCGUUCUUUAUUGCAGUCAAGCGAAUGCUUUCUGCUUGGAUGGAUGUGUAGUUUUCAUUUUGGUUGUUAAAAGGAUUGUUAGGCAAUCGAAAAGUAUGGGAUCCUGACGCACAAAGCGUGGACAAGUCUUCUUACUUUCUAUCUUUAUUUUUACGAAUUCCACUUUCUCUUUUGUUUACGGAAGAGGAGCGUUAACGAUCGUGAUACUAUCUUUUUAUCAUGGACGGAAAACAGAAAUUUGAGAAGAAAAAGAAUCCUCGUGAGGGAGCCAAUCCUUUAAGCGCAUUAACGUUCACAUGGAUUUUACGCACCUUCUGGCUUGGGUAUCGUAGAGACCUUGAAGUAUCUGAUCUAUAUAAGCCUCUUAAAGAACAUACGAGUAGUGUACUUGGAGAUAAAUUAGCUACUUUAUGGGAGGCAGAAUGUCAAAAGAUAAACGAGCAAAGAAAUAAGGCUCUUAAAAGUGGUGCAAAAUUUGAUAAUGAAAGUAACUUGAAAGAACCUAGUUUACUGAAAGUAUUAAUCAAAUGUUUUGGUGCUCGCAUAAUGUUCUAUGGAAUAAUACUGGUCAUUAUGGAAAUAGUGCUCAGAUUAUUUCAACCAUUGUUUCUUGGUCUAUUAAUUCGUUACUUUAGACCACGCAAGUACACCUAUACUUUGGUAAAUGGUGAUCCACUGUACAAGAAGCAAAAUAAUUCUGAUAUGGUGCUACAGCCAUUAUGCCUUGGCUAUCUAUUGCGAUAUUAUAAUACUCAAGAAGUAUCCAAAAAUGAAGCUUAUUUAUAUGCUCUUGGAGUGAUAUUGUGCUCUGCUGUUAAUAUAUUUGUUGUACACCCAUACAUGAUGGCUAUUCUUCAUAUGGGUAUGAAAAUGAGAGUAGCUUGUUGUUCAUUAAUCUAUAGAAAAGCAUUGAGAUUAUCAAGAACUGCAUUAGGAAAAACAACGGUUGGACAAGCCGUUAAUCUUUUAUCAAACGAUGUAAACAGAUUUGAUGUCGCUAUCAUAUUUUUACACUACUUAUGGAUUGCACCACUUGAAACUAUGAUUAUUACCUAUUUCAUGUUUGCUGAAGUACAAAUAUCUGCUAUUAUUGGUGUUGUGACAUUGUUAAUGUUUAUACCACUUCAAGGUUAUUUGGGUAAAAAGUCAUCCGAAUUAAGAUUGAGAACAGCUAUAAGAACGGAUGAACGAGUUAGACUAACGAAUGAGAUCAUAACUGGAAUUCAAGCAAUUAAAAUGUAUACAUGGGAGAAACCAUUCAGUGAUUUAAUAGAAAAAGCUAGAAAGAAAGAAAUUAACGUUAUUCGUUCUACGUCGUAUAUCCGAGGCGUCACUAUGUCAUUUAUUAUUUUUACAACAAGAAUGUGUUUGUUUAUUACUAUAUUGGCUUAUGUCUUAUUCGGUGGAAAGAUAACUGCUGAAAAAGUUUUUAUAUUGACAGCGUAUUAUAAUAUUCUACGACAAACUAUGACAGUUUUCUUCCCACAAGGUAUCACUCAAGUAGCAGAAGCCAUGGUUUCUAUAAAAAGAUUACAGAAAUUUAUGAUGUAUGAGGAAAUAAUGCCAGAAAAGAAUAUAGAUAAAAAUAAGAAUAUUGCAAAGAAAAAACAUAAAAAAUCAGCUAAUUUAAAUAACGAAGUAAACGAAGAUUUAACAAAUAAAAGGAACAGUUACGACGAACAACCGAAAUUAAAUAGUGCCGAUCCAAUAAAAUUAGAAAAUGCUUUUGCUAAAUGGUUUUCAUCUGAAAAUGAAUAUACAUUGCAGGAUAUUAAUGUACACGUUCGUCCAGGUGAACUUAUAGCUAUAGUCGGACAAGUCGGUUCAGGAAAAAGCAGUUUGUUAAAUGUUAUCCUGAAGGAACUGAAAUUAUCUUCGGGUACUUUAAAAGUUAAUGGAAAUACAGCUUACUCUAGUCAAGAACCAUGGUUAUUUGCUGGUUCAGUUAGACAAAAUAUUUUAUUUGGCCGACCAAUGGACCAAGUUCGAUACAAUAAUGUUGUUAAAGUAUGUCAAUUAAAAAGGGAUUUUUCUUUGUUACCUUACGGUGAUAAGACAAUAGUAGGAGAACGAGGUAUUAGUUUGUCUGGUGGUCAACGUGCUAGGAUAAAUUUAGCAAGAGCGGUUUACGCAGAAUCAGAAAUUUACUUGUUUGAUGAUCCAUUAAGUGCAGUAGAUGCUCAUGUUGGUAAACACAUGUUUGAAGAGUGUAUUGUUAAGUACUUAAAAGGAAAAACAAGAAUUCUUGUUACUCAUCAACUACAGUAUUUGCACAAUGUUGGUAGAAUUAUUGUGUUGAAGGAUGGUUCGAUACAGGCAGAAGGGACCUACGAUGAGUUGGGUUCGAAAGGAGUGGAUUUUGGACGUUUACUGGAAACUCAAGCAGUCGUUGAGGAACAUCCUCCUUCCGCAUCUGCUAGUAGAAGCAAUUCUCGUAAUCCAAGUAUCUCUUCAUUGAGUUCCUAUAAAACGAAUGACACUAGCAAGCAACCAGAACCAGACGAAGAGGCUGAAAUGCGAACCAAAGGUAGUGUUUCUGGAAAAGUUUAUGCCGGUUAUCUCUUAGCUGGUGGUAACUGGUUCAUAGUUACGUUAAUCUUUGGGUUUUGUGCGAUGGCUCAAUUGGCAGCAAGUGGAGGUGAUUUCUUCAUAUCUCGAUGGGUCAAUAUGGAAGAGAUAUCGAUCAACGUAACAAGUAAUGGUACAGAGAUCUUUGAGUGGCAAGGACCAAUUGAUCGAGAUACUUGUAUUUAUAUAUACAGUGGUUUGACUGUACUUACUAUAGGAAUAACGCUCAUACGUUCAGCAUCUUUUUUCAAUAUGUGUAUGCGAGCGUCUAUGACGUUACACGAUAAAAUGUUCCGUUGUAUAAGUAAUGCAAAAAUGCGAUUCUUCAACACUAAUAAUUCUGGCAGAGUUCUCAAUCGGUUUUCAAAGGACAUGGGAGCUGUAGACGAAUUGUUACCAAUUGCAUUAAUUGAUUGUAUACAAAUUGGGUUAUCAUUAUUGGGAAUCAUAGUGGUCGUUGCCAUUGCUAAUCCAUGGUUACUAAUACCGACUGUUGUAAUUGGAGUUGUAUUUUACUUUCUACGUGUCUUCUAUAUUGCCACAAGUCGGAGCGUGAAACGUCUUGAAGGAAUCACACGUUCACCGGUGUUUGGACAUCUGAACGCAACUCUACAGGGUUUACCAACGAUACGAUCCUUUGAAGCUGGUGACAUUCUUAUUAAGGAGUUUGACAACCAUCAGGAUUUGCAUUCUUCGGCAUGGUUCAUAUUCAUUGCUUCCUCUCGUGCCUUUGGAUUCUGGUUAGACGUGUUCUGUCUAGUGUACAUAGCUCUAGUCACUCUAAGCUUCCUUAUUAUGUAUGAUGAUGCUUCUGGAUCAAUGGAAGGUGGCAACGUUGGUCUGGCGAUUACACAAAGUAUUGGCUUGACUGGUAUGUUCCAAUGGGGUAUGCGACAGAGUGCCGAAUUGGAAAAUCAAAUGACAUCGGUUGAACGUAUACUUGAGUACAGCAAAGUGGAAAACGAACCAUUAUUGGAAAGUCCACCUGAUAAGAAACCACCAGAAGAUUGGCCGCAACAGGGAAAGAUCGAGUUCAAAGAAGUGUCAAUGCAAUAUUCAGUGUUCGAACCACCGGUGUUGAAAGAUCUUUCUUUUGAGAUAAAGUCACGGGAAAAGAUAGGUAUUGUUGGUAGAACCGGUGCAGGAAAAUCAUCCUUGAUUUCUGCCUUAUUUCGUUUCGCUGAGAUUGAAGGGCCUAUAUUAGUAGAUGGUAUUGAUACAAGAGAAAUAGGUCUUCACGAUCUUCGUUCGAAAAUGAGUAUAAUUCCACAAGAACCUUUCUUAUUUUCUGGAUCGUUGAGGAGAAAUCUUGAUCCGUUUGAUACCUAUCGAGAUGACAUAUUAUGGCAAGCACUGGAAGAAGUAGAACUCAAAGAAAUGGGCUUAGAAGCUCAUAUAAAUGAAGGGGGAUCUAAUUUGAGUGUUGGCCAACGACAGCUCGUUUGUUUAGCAAGAGCCAUCGUACGAAAUAAUCCAAUUCUUAUCUUGGAUGAAGCUACGGCCAAUGUCGAUCCUCGUACGGACGAGUUGAUACAAAAGACGAUUCGUCAAAAAUUUGAAAAGUGCACAGUACUUACUAUCGCUCAUCGUCUUAACACUGUGAUGGAUAACGAUCGUAUAUUGGUGAUGGAUGCUGGUCGUGCAGUGGAAUUUGAUCAUCCUCACAUACUAUUACAAAACAGUAAAGGAUACUUAAGCAGCAUGGUACAAGAGACGGGUCAAGUUAUGGCGGAGGCUUUGACCGCUAUAGCACGUGAUAAUUAUACGUCUCGUUACACGUCUACAACGCUUUGAUGUGUGACAUCUAAAUACUUAUCGUCAUAUUAAUUUUUAGCAUCGUUAAUAUCUAGUUUGGAUUAAUUCAUUUCUUUUUAGGCACGACCACAAUUUUAAAGUUCUUUCUCUUAUUAUUUGGAUAUAAUAAUAUUAUUCACAUUUUGAACAAGAUUAUUUCCAAAGCUACUUAGGAUAUUCAUAAACAAAACUUAUGCGAAUUUUUAAGUUCUAUACAUCAAAAUCAAAUAACAUGAGUGUGUUUGUAUGUAUAUAUGUAUGUAUGUAUGCAUGCAUGUAUGUGUGUAUGUGUGUAUGUGUGUAUGUACAUCUAUAUUAUAUCUAUGCUGUUGUAUAUUUGAUAAAUGAGGAUACGUGUGUAUUCAUUUUGUGUCGCAUUCAGACAAAUAUGAUUAGAUAAAUUUACUUAAUUAAAAAUCAAUGCCAAAACUAAAGAAAAUCAACUUCCAAUGAAGAUCCAUAAGUAAUUUUGGUUAGAUCCAAUUCUUCGGUGCCCAAAUCAUUGAAAUUUCUUCCAUGAAUAAUAAAAAUAUUAAAAGUUCAAAUAAUA